AUGCAAGAGCUACGAGAACUAAGGAGUGAUCCAGAGUAUCUUAACUUCAUCGCAGUUGGUGAAGCACUGAGAAUCCUAGGUGAUGGCUUACGUCAUUAUACCCAGCAGACAGCCAAAGAGCUACAAGAGCAGCUUAUAAAGAAACUUGGAGGAUACUGCAAUUGUCUGUUUACGCCUGGAGUAAAACGUUGUCGUCAUACGUGUAAAUGGGGUAAAGCAUUGGAGAAAUUACAUGUGAAUAAGAAGAAAAGUCGUAUUCCGUUUCAUCAAAGUGACAGUACACUGUGGGAUGAUCCUAGUAAUGGGUACUGGGAAGUCGCGAAGAUUUUCAUGCACGAAUUAGGAGCAAAAUGGCGGGAUGUAAAGGACCCUGCUACAACGGAUUUAACCGGCCUUUUAAACUUCUUAAUAUUCUGUAAACACUCAAAAGUUCAACAAAACUUGCUUAAGACAGUCCGCGAUUUGAGAAAUGACUGGGCACAUACUAAGAAUUAUAAGUUUAGUGCAUCAGAAAAGCAAGCAGCGUUUAACGCUAUUGACAAGCUAAUGAAUGAUGCUGAAUUAUUGUCUUGUAAAGAGGUCCAGGAUUGUCGCCUAGGAGUCAAUGAAGUGAAAAACCCAGAUGUUUUAUUUGUACAAGAGAGAGAUUUAGAAGUUUUGAAGGAAUUAACACGACACCAGGAAUUUACAAAGGCGAGAGACACAGAAGAGAAGCAAGAAAAACUGAUGAACCUGCUUGAAUUAUUAUCAUCAAGAAAUAAUGGUCUUCCACAGAGCGACACUUCAGAUAACCAGUUCAAAGAAGAUUUGCAUGACUUUGGUGCUACGUUUAUUGCCAUUCUUCUGUUUCCAGCUAACGUUAUAAAGCAAUACAGUCGCUGGAAAGCUUUUUCAUUUUUAACCCUGGUGAUGUUAUUGUUAUCGUGCGUUAGUGAUGAUUCCGUGUUGGAGUCUGAUAAUG